AUGGGGUGGAUUGGUCGAAUCAACGAUGGCGUGGCUAACAGUCGCGUAGGCCACUGGUUUCAAUUGGAGGGAUCUGGCCAUCCCCGCGAGCGACCUGGUUCCCGGUUUACGACUGAGAUCCGAGCAGGCAUCAUCUCUUUCUUCGCAAUGGCAUAUAUCUUGGCUGUCAAUUCCAGCAUUGUCGCUGACAGUGGAGGCACUUGUGUCUGUGACUCAACUCCCGAUGACCCCAUCUGUGCCGCCAACUCAGACUAUCUCCUUUGCAAGAAUGAGGUCAAGCGUGAUCUAGUCACUGCCACUGCCGCUAUCUCUGCCCUGGCCACCUUCUUCCUUGGUGCCCUCGCCAAUAUGCCCGUCGGUAUCAGCUGCGGAAUGGGCUUGAACGCUUACCUCGCGUACGAUGUCGUCGGCUUCCAUGGCUCUGGACCUGUCCCUUAUGAGGUGGCCAUGACGGCCAUCUUCGUCGAGGGUCUUAUCUUCUUCGGUCUCACAAUCCUCGGUCUUCGACAAUGGCUUGCUCGAGCCAUCCCACGUUCAAUCAAGCUAGCUACUGGUGCUGGUAUCGGUCUCUUCUUGACACUUAUCGGCCUUACAUACAGUGAAGGCAUAGGCCUCAUUACUGGUGCUGUUUCAACUCCUGUCGAACUGGCUGGCUGUUCUCCUGCGGAUAAAUUGGAAGAUGGCACCUGUCCUGGCUCGCACAAGAUGCAGAACCCGACUCUUUGGCUCGCUAUCUUCUGCGGUGGUAUCCUGACGGUAGUUCUCACUAUGUUCCGUGUCAAGGGUGCAAUUCUCAUAGGCAUUAUUCUUGUGUCUAUUUGUUCUUGGCCACGCGGCACCUCGAUCACAGCCUUCCCUUAUACCCCGGUCGGCGAUGACUCUUUCAACUUUUUCAAAAAGGUUGUGGACUUUCAUCCUAUUACCAGAAUUCUUGCUGUGCAAAAGUGGGAUAUCAGUGCAUAUAGUGGCCAAUUUGGUCGCGCCCUUAUCACGUUCCUCUACGUUGAUAUUCUUGACUGCACAGGUACCCUCUACUCAAUGGCCAGAUUCUCUAAUCUCAUAGAUGAGAAAACUCAGGAUUUCGAAGGAUCUGCUACAGCGUACCUUGUUGAUUCCAUCAGUAUCACUAUAGGGGCUGUCUUUGGUACAUCACCUGUGACAGCCUUUAUCGAGAGUGGAGCUGGUAUUGGCGAAGGAGGGCGAACAGGAAUCACAGCUAUGAUGACUGGCUUUUGCUUCUUUGUCUCGUUAUUCUUUGCACCUAUCUUUGCCUCUAUACCUCCUUGGGCAACAGGCUGUGUCUUGAUCCUAAUUGGCUCCAUGAUGAUGCAAGCCGUCGUCAAUAUCAAUUGGCGAUAUAUGGGUGACGCUGUCCCAGCAUUCUUGACUAUUGCUAUUAUGCCUUUUACGUUUUCUAUUGCCGAUGGCCUCAUUGCCGGUAUUUGCAGCUACAUCGUUAUCCAACUUCUUGUAUGGGCUGUGGAGACAGCUUCUAUGGGCAAGCUGACUGCUACCAACAAGAAGGACAAAGACCCUUGGACAUGGCGUAUUCCUGGAGGCAUCCUACCAGGGUGGCUUGUGCGUUUGUUCCAGGGCAAGAAGGACUUUUGGCGCCCCUAUGCGGACGAGGCCAUCGAUGGUAAUGUAGGUGUCAAUUCUCAUGAGAUGAGCCCUAUUAGACACAAUGCUGACUGGGUCAAGCCUGGUGAGCCUUUACCACACGUGGUAACUGAGAUUUACUCUGGCAAUAGUAAGCAAUAAGCAGGGACAUAUUU